AUGAAAGAUUCGAUUAAGGAAUUUUUAUGAAAUUAUGUUAAAUAAUUACUUAGACAAUAAUCAGAUAAACUUACUCCAGCUUAUAAUCCUUUUCAAGGGGGAUAUUUUGUGGCCAUUUUCGGCUGGGCGUACGAACAUAUGCGAGUGCUACAGCAGACUGUAUCGUAAAGGAUUACCGUUUUUAGCUUUUUAACCGGAAAAAUUGACGAGAUACUUUUAUUUAUAACCUGAGCUAAUACUUCGAUCAAAAACUGGGGGAGAUUUGGCAACCCUACUCUUUACCUAUAGGUUAUAGUUUGCCCUAUACAUAUACAGUUACAAAAAAUUAACAAAUUUAACAUUAUCUAACGGAACAUGCGAAAAAGUGAAUCGACAUUAGCUGUGAAAACUCUGGUUAGAAAUCCAGAACAGCCAGUACCGAAAACAAUUGGCGUUAUACCUUCGAAAGAGACUAAUUCAAGUGAAAUUGGUGUAAAUUCGACGAGCUCCACUAAUUUUCCCAAUAAAGUCGUCGGUUAUAAAAGUAAACCACAAGUCAAGUUUAAUGUACCUGAAAGGUACAGUUCUCUCAAACUAUCAAGGAAAAUCGAUGAAAUCAAGAAUCCUAGAAAAAGCAAAACUAUGCCAGAUCUAACCAAAUCGACUGCAGAUGAGAAAUUGGGCAGACAGAUGAACUUCUCGCACACCGAAAGGGUGUUUGAGGACUUAAUACCGUUAGCAGGGUUUGAAGGAAAAGAACAACCUCGUAUUGCUCCCAGGAAUGUAAAUGAUGCGACGAGAGACAAAGAGCCGGUUUUAGCAGACUACCUAGAACCUAUAAAAUCCAGAAGCUAUUUAUGCAAACCGAGAGUAUUUGAUCUCGUCGAGGACGAGGAAGAAAAUGGCCCGAUACGUAACGGACUAGACCUGUAUAAAUACAUGCAAAUAUUUGAUGGCUUCUGAUUAGUAUCCACUAAAUCAGAUGACACUAACAAAUAGGCUGAUUGUUUCUAUUUAAUGCAUUAAAACAAAAUACAAUUAAAUCUUAUUGAACGCA